AUGACCAAAGAGCAUCAUUUAAAUACACAAACUUUUCUUUCUCUUUCGAUGUUGAAUUUUUUCGCCGCCAACGUUAGGAUUCCUUAACAUCCAGCUCAGCUCCAAUAAUCUGACCCGGUUCUUCCUGAACAAGCAGACCUCGUAUCUUCUCUGCAGUGACCUUGGUACAUCACUUCUUAUGGCAGUGUUUCAGACAACUCCAUGGAGGUUGAUUUCUGGGACCUUAGGACUAAUAUGCCUUUUGUUGGCGGCUACUUUGGGAAUUUUGUGGAACAAUAUUUCAUUUACUGAACCUCAUAAUGAGUCAACUGUCUCUCCAGGCCCCAAGAAAGAACUCCAAGAAGCCUCUGACUGCUGUUAUUGCCCAGAGAAGUGGGUUGGGUACCGAUGCAACUGUUACUUCAUUUCUACUGAAGUGAAUACUUGGGAAGAAAGUAGGAAGUUCUGUGUUUCUCAGAAUUCCAGUUUGCUUCAGCUGCAAAACAAAGAUGAACUGGCUUUUAUGCCCUCCAAUCAACGCUUUUACUGGAUUGGACUCUCUUACAAUGAAGAACGUGCUGCCUGGUUUUGGGAGGAUGGCUCUUCUUUUUCGCGGGAUUUAUUUCCAUCAAUUAAACCUUCAGAUACAAAGAACUGCAUAUUAUAUAGUGCAACGAAAAGUAGUAUUGAUGAAUCUUGUGAAGACAAAAAUCCUUAUAUCUGUAAACGACAGUUCAUUUAACUGUUUCUUGAGGCAGAGUGGGGACUAAGGAUCCAGGAUUACUAAGAAUGGUACUUUUACCUCAUAUUAUUACUAAUUAUCUAUUUCUUAGCUCUGUAAAAUGCUUCAUACUGUCUUUUCAUAUAAUUUUCAUACAUUUGAAGCCAUGUGUUUUAAAAUUGAUGAAAUUUGUA